ACAUUUGCCCGCUCCUGUCUGCUGGAGACUCCGCAGCUCCCCAGGCACUUUACCACACAGCGGCAAAAGAAUGGCAAAUGUGGAGCAGAACGAGGGCACCAUCCAGAUGCAGGGCCAGGACCUGUUCUUUCGAGAGGCACGGCCUGGCAGUGGGCAGACUGCUCGCUUCUCUGUUCUGCUGUUGCAUGGCAUUCGCUUCUCUUCUGAGACCUGGCAGAACCUGGGUACCCUGCACAGGCUGGCCCAGGCUGGCUAUCGGGCUGUGGCCAUUGACCUGCCAGGUCUGGGGCGUUCUAAGGAAGUGCCAGCCCCUGCCCCCAUUGGGGAGCUGGUCUCUGGCAGUUUCCUGGCAGCUGUGGUGGAGGCCUUGCAGCUGGGUCCUCCAGUUGUGAUCAGUCCAUCACUCAGUGGCAUGUACUCCCUGCCCUUCCUCACGGCCCCUGGUUCCCAGCUCCAGGGCUAUGUGCCUGUGGCCCCCAUCUGCACUGACAAAAUCAAUGCUGCCAACUAUGCUGGUGUGAAGACUCCGGCCCUGAUUGUAUAUGGCGACCAGGACCCCAUGGGUCACACCAGCUUUGAGCACCUGAAGCAGCUGCCCAACCACCGGGUGCUCAUCAUGAAGGGGACAGGGCACUCCUGCUACUUGGACAAACCUGAGGAGUGGCACACAGGGCUGUUGGACUUCCUGCAGGGGCUGGCAUGAGCCCAGCCCUGUGGAUAGAGGGGGUGACUACCCACCUGCCUUAGGAUCUCUCUCCCUGCUCAGUGGGCUCUGGCUUACCAUGUACAUCUAACAGGUGUGUCUGUCUGUGUGUGUGUCUGGGUUCCUGUCUUUUGGGUCUGUCUUUUCUGUUUCUUUCACUGCAGUGAUGAGGUAAAACCAAGAGGAAAAAUUCAGAAAUCAAUGGAUGUAAUUUGGCAGAGGAUAAUCCAGGAGCUUCUCUUACUGGCUCUCUCCUUCCUCUCCUCUGCCUUGCAGGCCAGUCAUCCCACCUCAGCUCCCCUACCCCACUGAGACCAUAAAUAAAUACAUGUCCACAUGCAUACUUACACAUAAGAGCGAUCUAUGAUCCCAGGUAGGUCCCUUCACUUGGGAGCAACUGACGGGAUACUUGUGACCGACUGCACCUUCCCAGAUGCAUUGGGUG